AUGCAGACUUCAUCCAACGAAGAGGCCAAGUCCAACACGAGCAAUACGAGCAAAACGAGCAACAAUAAAAGCCAGAGCGACCCCAACAAGCCCUCGCCUGCCCUGGUCCGCUGGUUCGCCGAGAAACCGGGUGAACAGCCCUUCUCUGGUCUUGCGGGUGUUACCAUUGUCAAGGGCAAUCCUAGCCAUGGAGAAGAAGCCGCGUCGCCGCUGGGCGUGGAACUUGAGUCUGAAUUGAGCUGUGAUUUAGAUGAUAAAAAGUGCGAGUAG